AUGGUUUGCAAAAUAUUGCCUAAGAUACAGAGUCCUGCGCGGCGGACGACAAACAGUGAAACACAGCAAGAUGCAAUACCGGAGGUAGCAGACUAUGAAACUGCAUUGGACUUAGCUGGUUACGGGCGCUUCAGCCGCAGCACGCUCGGCGCGUGCGCCUUCUCAUUCUUCGCGUCUGGCGUGCAGAACUGUGUCAUGUCGUACGUGUUACCAGCGGCGAGGUGUGAGCUGGACCUUACGACAUAUCAGGCUGGAUUGAUUAAUAUGGCGUUUAUGAGUGGUGGAGUAGCAAGCGCAUUCUUCUGGGGCAUAGUAGGCGACGUGUUCGGCAGACGCAACGUGCUCAGCAUGACACUCCUCAUGGACGCUGCUAUCACGCUAGCCCAGAGUACGGUGGCUGAUUACCGGCUGCUGUUGGCUGCUAGGACUAUUAAUGGAUUUGUCAUAGGUGGACCUGCGACACUGGUGUUCUCGUAUCUGUCAGACCUGGUGGGGGCGAAGAAGAGACAGCUAUACCUCAGCGUCGUAGGAAUGAGCUUCGUUGUCGCGUGGCUCAUAAUUCCUGCAGUCGCCUGGCUAGUAAUACCAUUCAAGGUGGUAGACUAUGACACCCUCCUACCGAUCUACUCCUGGAGACUGUUCCUCGCGCUCUCCAGCAUUCCAGGGUUCAUCUCCGGAGCGUGGGUGCUGUACCUACCUGAGAGUCCUCGGCUGCUGUCAGAUACUAACAGGAGUGAGAAGGCGCUGAAGAUCUUGGCUUAUAUUCAUAAGACUAAUAACGGGGGAAGUGCGGAAUAUAAGAUUAAAAAGCUGAUACAAGACGAGGUCUUCGUUGGCAAGACCCUGGGUGCCGAAGAGAGCAGAACCAAGAUCCUUUUCAUGAGCGUCAUCAAAGACUUGAAGACCUUCGUCUCCAAGAGUUACGCCCUCAAGUCUACUCUGAUCCUGUUCAUGUUCUUCGCGAAUAUGGCUGCUGGCUUCGGCUUAAACAUGUGGAUCCCAGAGCUCCUUCUCCGCAUCCAAGGUCGGGAGUGCAAACUAUCAGCCUCUACUGCUAAGCCAGAGAAUGCGAGACUCUUUAACGCUACUACCCACUGGAAGGAUCUGAAGUAUGACUCCUAUGGCAAGGAGAUACCCAUCCCAGGGUUGAAUGAUAGCAGCUUUGAUGAUCACUUCGGACAAGGAAGGACUUGUGAUUCUACUAUUGAUCAAGAGGUGUUCACCUCAGGCCUCAUAGUCGGCGCCUGCUGUGUCCUCGGCAACGCUGCUUGCGCGAUCCUCUGCGCCCGCGGCGGUGCCCAGGGCGUUCGCCGAGCUGCCAUCGCCUGCACAGCAGUCUGUGCUCUCGCCAGCGCCUGUCUGGCAGCCACUGCUUGUUCCUGCUCCAGUUUUAACAAGAUCGCGGUGGUGGCUGCUGCAGCUUUGAAUGCUGCGUCCUUGAAUGGCAAUGUGCUGUUGAUUAGGUUGCUAUUGCAUGCUUUGCCGGCAAGGUUGAGUGGUCUAGGAGUUUGCUGGGGAGCAUGGUGGGGCCGAGCUGGUGGCGUGGCUUCCAACCUGGCUGUUGGAGCGCUGCUUGACUUCUCAUGUCCAGCUCCAUUCAUUGCUGUUGGGGCUCUGCUUGCGUUAUCAAUCGGUGCCAUCAUAGUAAUAAAACUUGGUGAAAAUCAAGAAGAAAGCAGUCAAAAGACGGAAGAAGAUCCUGAUCACAGACUGGAGAAGAACACAGGACUAGACAGAUAUAUAUCUACGUAUAUGUAGUUAUAAGUUUACCUAGUAUAGUCAAGUCAAGCCAAUAAGUCAGUGAAUAUGACUUUAGACAUUAUUUUUAUAAGUGUUCGGUGUAAAUGAGAAAUUGAUGGUAAGUAGGUAAGUUUAUGCCAGUCCGUCCGUCGACUUACAUUCGGGUGCAAAAUUAUUUGGUUACUUGUGAAAUCGAAACUUUGAAAUUCGUUUUUGUGACUUAUUUUUCAGUGGAUCUGAAGCUAGUGCUCUCUAAUGUGUUUAUAAAUCAAAUCUUAGAAGGGAUACAUAUAGAUAUGUCUCUAUGUCCGGGACAUUUUGACAGACGAUUAAGUUACACGUUCAAGAAUAGAGUUGAAAUAAGGGUGCUAAAUAAACCUCACAAUUAGCAACUUUUAUAAAUAUUUUACUGCCUUUUAGAAGAUUUAUGAAAAUUGUUGUAACAAUUAAUUCUCACUCGAUGCCUUGUACUGUAUGACAAGGUCUUAUGUAAUUAUUACGUAAUUCUAGACUAAGGAUUGUACAUAAUCAUUAUUUUAAACAUAGAAAUCACAAAAUAGCCCUCUCUUCUAUAGAAAGUUUCUAUAGAUACGAGAGGGCAAAAUAAGAAGAAAAUCUUGGUCAGUUCAAGAAAUGUCUGUAUCCAAGAUAAUUAAUUUUGGUUUUGGAGUACAAUUCUCGAGCUAGCCCAGAUUUUUUGCAAUUAAAUUUAUGAUAUCAUAUUUUUGUUAAAUAAGAUUAAAUUCGAAAAAGAAAAGGUAUCUUACAUUUUUCCUUUUAAAUGUAGAUUUUUUAAAAUUCAAAUAAAGCCCAAUUUCACCGACAGUCGUUUCCGCAAUCGUUUAGUUCAAGUAUUUUUCUACAAAACGAAACUUUUCUAGAAAUUAAAACAUAAACAGCUGAUUUCCUUAAUCAGACCUCUAUCUUGUUGGUGAAAAUUGGUUUUAGUCAAACAUAUCCAUUACGUAAGUAUAUCAACAUUACUAACAUCUGUGGAUAGUUCAAAAAACAACAUGAAUAUAAAAAUUGUGCUGUAUCAAUGUAAAUGUAAUAAAGUUUAUUCAGUUUAAGUAGAAUAAGAUCUCGUAAUUUUAAGGUUCUUGUAUUUAUUUUAGGUAAUUAUCAAAUUUAAUUUUUAAUAUAUUUACUCUAGCUAGGUGGUUAUUGUUUAAACUGUGAUUUCACCGUUGCUCACUAAAUACAAUAAAAAUUACUUAAAAUAUAGACACAACUUAUGGUAGAUUAUUUAUACAUUUGAAAAUAGAUCCUAUUUUCUAUAGGGUUAUAUAAUAAAUGAUCCAAAAAUAUAUUUUUUUUAUGAUUUGCCGAGAAGGGUCUUGAAAUUUUGUGCCUUAGCCAAUAUUCGGCGGUAAUUGUAUUAAGUGAGAAAUGGUGCAAACCACUAGAAAAGAGAGAAAUAAUAGGACUUUAUGUUAUGAAACAAAAUUGUUUAGAGUUCCUUUUAAAAGUUGUUUGAAAAACAUUUCACAAAUAUUGUUCUGUGAUUCAAAAACUGAAGUGGUGUGAUGUUAAAAACGUGUGGAAAAUGUAUGGCAGAUUUAAUUAUUUUAGAUAAUGCUUUACAUAUAAAAAUGUUAAAUAAAUGACAUCA